UUGGCAGCACCAUCAUCAUUUCUUUGUAAACACAUCCACUCAAAAGCAGUUCGGGGAAUUAAUAUUUUCUGCUGAAAGAAGAAACGAUACAAAAGUGGGUUUGUUUUGCCGAAAUGGCUACUCAAAAGGUUUCCAACGAGCCGCCGUCGUACGAGCAAGUGAUAGCGGAGAAUUAUGCAUCACAAUACGGCACUGCUGCUAAUGGAAAUACCACACAAACGCAACCAUCCGCCCCCACCAUCACGGCAUCAGCGUCGACCGUACCGUCGGCCUCCUAUCCGAGGCAGGAAUACAUCCAGCAACAACCAAUCGCCACAGCUCACACGUAUGUAACUCCCGUUGCUGGGACAGUGCCUUACUACGGGACCAUGGGUGCAAACAAGGGAACAGUGCCGAUCAUUCCGCAGGUAACCAUACAAACAGGACAGCCUGCGCGUUCGGAAAUAAUCAACCAACAGAUCAUUGUCGUAAACGGGUGCCCGGUAUGCCGUAUCGGUAUGCUGGAAGACGACUAUUCCUGUUUGGGAAUAUUUUGCGCCAUCUUCUUCUUCCCGCUCGGCAUACUGGCGUGUCUGGCAUUGCGCAACCGGCGCUGCACGAACUGUGGCGUACAGUUCUGAAGCAGUUUGCCGGGGUACUGGAAACAUUUCAAAUCAUUUAUACCGACAUUAUACGAAAGUAAUGGUACUACCAACGGUAUGUGAUAAAUCGCUAGGAAUUAGGAUGGUAUAAUCUCGCAUACGCUCGAUCAGAUUUGAACAUAGUUUACAAAGUUUGUGUGUAUUGAAAGGCGUUAUUCUUGUAAUCGGAAUUUAUUGAAUUAUUAUUGAAUGAUUGAAUACCAAAAAUAAACAGACCAUAUUCUCCCAGUAAA